ACUAUCUUAUCCAUUCCUUGCUGCUCCACCCACUUCCCCAAAAUAUCACUUAACUAUCAUUCUGAACCCCCAAAGCUCCAUCGAAAUGGCUUCUGCAACAACAAGGCUCGCCUUUUCUUUUCACAACUCAACCCAACCUUAUACAAAACCACACCACUCCCAUCACAUCUUUCUUCCAUCCAAACCCGCUAUUUCGCUCAAAUCCAAACCCCAAAAGGGGCGGCUGCAUUUCACCGUCAUCAACUCCAUUGAUGUAUCCAAAGAAGACAUCCCGAGUUCAGACCAAGAAGAACCCAAAGAGAGUGAAGAAGAAAAGAUGGAUAAACGCAGGCUGGAGGAGAAAUUUGCAGUGUUGAACACGGGAAUAUAUGAGUGCAGAUCGUGUGGGUUUAAGUACGAUGAAGCAUUGGGUGAUCCGUCGUAUCCAAUCCCACCAGGGUUUGAGUUCGAGAAGUUGCCGGAUGAUUGGAGAUGCCCGACUUGCGGCGCUGCUCAGAGUUUCUUUGAGAAUAAAAGCGUGGAGAUUGCGGGUUUUGCACAGAAUCAACAAUAUGGGUUAGGAGGCAAUACUCUUACUUCUGGACAGAAAGCUCUGUUGAUUUAUGGAAGUUUGUUCUUCUUUUUCGUGCUUUUUCUGAGUGGUUACUUUUUGCAGUAAUAACCUUCUUUCAUUUUGGUU